ACUGUAUCCCUCCCCUCUCUCUUUCCAGAAGUCCGCUCGGAAUUCGAUCAGAUCGACACGUCCAACCCAAACUGUGUGGUCAUUGCGGACGCGGGAGAACACUUUUCCUACCGGAACAUGAACAGGGCCUUCCAGGUGCUCAUGGGGCUGGCGGACCCCGUGCUCAUCUCCCUGGGGAAGGGGCGCUACUACAAGGAGACCUCGGGCCUGAUGCUGGACGUCGGCGGCUACAUGAAGGCGCUCGAGUACGCCUGCGGUGUCGAGGCCGAGGUGGUGGGCAAGCCCUCUCCGGAGUUCUUCAGGUCGGCCCUGCGGGAACUGGGCGUGGAGGCCCACCAGGCCGUCAUGAUCGGAGACGACAUCGUGGGCGACGUCGGCGGGGCGCAGCGGUGCGGGAUGCGGCCCCCUUGGUCCGCAGCCUCCCUGAUCCGCAGCCCCGUGUGCAGCGACUCCGGGCUCGCCGUGAAUGCGUCAUUAUUCCAGGCCCGACGGCCCAGCGACGAGCACCAUCCCGAAGUGAAGGCUGACGGGUACGUGGACAACCUCGCGGAGGCCGUGGACCUGCUGCUGCUGCACGCGGACAAGUGACGGGCCUUCGGGGAAGGUCCCCAGCCCCCUGCCACCACCCACCCACGCACCCAGUGCCCGGACCAACCCAGGCUCUGCCCUCACCCCCCACAGGCAGGCCAGGGGCCCAGCCAGACGGUGUGGGCGACCGGCCCUUCCUCUCUCCCUCCCCGUCCCCUCCCCGGUGGCCUGCUCCCUGCCCACGCAGCCCUGUGAAGCCAGGAGAGUGGGAUAGGCCUCCAGAGAAGA